AUGGCAGCGCUGGUGAACCGCCACGAGAGCGCGGUCGUCUCUGGCGACAAAGUCAGCAUCCUGCCAGGCGCGACGGAAGGGUACACGCAGGCGACAUUCUGCAUCUUGGAGGAGGACCACACGCUCGGGAACCUGCUGCGAUGGAUGCUCAUGAAGAACCCGUCGGUCGAGUUCUGCGGUUACAGCGCUCCUCACCCCUCAGAGGCCAAGAUCCACCUUCGAAUCCAGAUGUAUGACGGCAAGUCGGCGCUCGAGGCGUUCAACGAGGCGCUUGACAACAUCGAACAGAUGGCCGAGACGAUCCUCGACAAGUACAAGGCCUCGCUCGAGGAGGGCGACUUCGAGCGCGUCGAGGACGAGAAGCACGACUUUGAGUCGGUCAAUCAGCGGUUGUGGGCGCAGAAGGAGGCCGAGGGGCGAGGGACAUACGAGGAGUUUCUCGCGGAGAAGAAGCGGAAAGAGGACGAGGAGGCCAAGCAGAAGAAGGGCGGCAAGGCGGUUAAGGGCGGCCGAUAG